AUGACGACCAAGGCCGCCAUUCUUACCGAGAAGGCUCCUAAGCCACUACCGGGCAUUUAUUCACAGGCUAUCAUUGCCAAUGGAGUCGUCUACUGCUCCGGCGCAGUCCCGAUGGACGCGACUACCGGUAAAUUAAUUGAAGGUGAUGUCAAGGCUCAUACUCAUCAAUGCAUCAAGAAUUUGACCCACGUCUUGGAAGAGGCGGGUACUGAUAUCACUAAGGUUGUGAAGGUUAAUGUGUUUUUGUCCAACAUGGAUGAUUUUGCGGAAAUGAACUCUGUCUAUAUGCAAUAUUGGGGCGAUGUAAAGCCAUGCAGAACGUGUGUUGCGGUUAAGACGUUGCCACUUAACACGGAUGUGGAAAUCGAAUGUAUCGCUGUGCUUUGA